ACCAUCUUGGAGGUACUCUUUUUGGUGAUGAAAUAGACACUUUCAAGGACGUCCUGCAACUAGGGAAAGAAUAUGAGAUCGCAAAUGCUCCAUUGAAACCAAUAGAUCCAAAGUACCAAAAAAAGAGAAGAUGAGUGCCAGAUGACAUUCGGCGGACAAACGAUCAUCGAACCACUAGACCCAACUGCAGGUCCAGUUCUGCCAAAUUAUGUCUCCAUCAACUCAAUUCCAAAAACAAGCUUCAAAAAUGAACGCUUUGAUUUGCUUGCUGUUGUCCUUUACAUAGAAGAGGUCAGGAAAGUACCAACAUCAGGAGGAAACAUGAUGGAUGUACGUGAAAUCAUAGUCACUGACCAAAAGUACGUAAACAAUGAUGAUAAUAACCUAUUAUAACAAUGUAAUCCACCAUUUAUACAAAACUACAAAAGUAUCCAUGACUCUAUAUGCCAUGAUAAACAACACUGAACAGCCGCUCACCAUCUCAAUGUGGGGAGGCCUUGCUGUUAUUGACACUGAGAAGCUUGCAUGUUGGGUGCUAAGCCCAAUAGUUGCAGCCUUCACUCACUUACGACCAACCACAUAUAAAGGGUUCUCCCUUGCAAGCUCAAUGUCAACUACUAUCAUCUCAGAUCCUACGGGGGAGGAAGCACAUGCUCUUCGAACAUGGAUGAAAGAAAAACAAGAAAUGCUUCUUGACCAGGCAACAAAAAUACUGCACAUCAGAACACCAUCAAGAACUACAGCAACGAAAACUAUCAAUGAAAUUGAGCAAAAAAAUGCUGCAAACACAAUGCAAGAAGAACGCCAUUGGAUACAAGCCACUAUCCCUGAUGCUCAGUUGGAAAAUCUGCUUGCUUACCUAGGAUGUAACAACUGUGGAAAGCGCUGCCAAGAAGCAAAGGACGCAACUUUCAAAUGCCUCCACUGCUAAAAAAAAACAGUACUGCCGCAGUCAGGUAAGAAUCAAUUCAAAUCAACAAAUGCAACAACUACAAUAACCAAAAUACUAAUGUCCCUUUACACACAGGGUAAAUUUCACAAUCGAUGUGUGUGACGCCACUGGGACACUAAGACUCACUGCUUUUGCUAAAGACUGUAAAAAACUCAUUGGUCUCCCUACUUCAGAGAUAUAUGAGAAGAAAAUGGCGGUAAGAACGGAAAAAAAGGGGGAAAGGCCAUAUAAUUCGAAUAAAAACUCAACAAAAACAAUCCUUCGAAUCCCGCUUUCUGAUUUUAUUUUGAAGGGCAUUAUUGUGCAACAAAAAACAAGAAGUAGUCGUUUGUCCUAAAACGACAACUUAUACUUAGCUAAAUAUUUACAAUAAUUUAGUACUACCAUAUAAGAACACUUUCUGCAUAUCAUUAUAUCUAUCUAAGUACUCCGUACUACUAGGAUUAAUCUUAAAUUAUGUGCCAUGUAAGAACUCUUUUAUUGAAAUCAAAUAAUAAAUGGCAAGUUUAAAGAUCAUUGCACCACUCCAAUUGAUAGUCACAACACCAACUCAUUGCAAUUACAAAUUUCAUUUACUGUACAUUUCAAGAUAAUAGCACCACUCCAAUAUGAUAGCCACGUAAAUCACAAUUCCCUUUACAAAACAACAGCCCACAAACAACUCAAAUAAAAAAUAAUUAACCCAAAAAACAACUACCAUAACCUCAUAAACAAAACACAAUCUAAAUAAAAAAAGGCAAACCGCUCCGCAUGCAUCGCGCGCGUUGGCUCCCCUACUA